GUGAACGAAUCAAAAAGCCAGUUCCUCUUCAGGAACAGACUGUUAGAGAUGCAAAGGGACGUUACCAGCGUUUCCAUGGAGCCUUUACUGGUGGAUUUUCUGCUGGCUACUUCAACACUGUUGGCACAAAGGAAGGAUGGACUCCUUCAGCUUUUGUAUCAUCACGGCAGAAGAGAGCAGACAGAACUGUUCUUGGACCAGAAGACUUCAUGGAUGAAGAGGAUCUUAGUGAAUUUGGGAUAGCACCAAAGGAUAUUACAACCACAGAUGAUUUUGCAUCCAAAGCAAAAGACAGAAUAAAAGAGAAAGCUAGGCAGAUUGCAGGAGUGGUUGCUGCCAUUCCAGGAACCACCGCAUUUGAUGAUUUAAUAGGACCAUCAAAAAUAACAAUUGGGGUUGAACUGUUAAGAAAAAUGGGCUGGAAAGAAGGACAAGGAAUUGGACCACGAGUCAAAAGAAAGCCACGCAGGCAGAAACCUGACCCUACAGUGAAAGUGUAUGGUUGUGCCUUACCACCUGGACUGUCUGAGGGUUCUGAGGAUGAAGAAGAUGAGUACCAGCCAGAGAAUGUGACAUUUGCACCAAAAGAUGUAAUGCCUGUAGAUUUGACUCCAAAAGAGAAUGUCCAUGGACUUGGCUAUAAGGGUUUGGAUCCCUCACAAGCUCUGUUUGGUGCCUCUGGAAGAGAACACCUGAACCUUUUCCCAGGUGGUUCUGAAGACACAGGCAAUUUACUUGGUGAUCUGAAGCACAGUAAAGUAAGAAAACUAGGUAUUACAGGCCAGGCUUUUGGUGUAGGAGCUUUAGAGGAGGAGGAUGAUGACAUUUAUGCAACUGAAACAUUGUCAAAAUAUGAUACAAUUCUAAAGGAUGAGGAACCUGGAGAUGGCUUGUAUGGCUGGACAGCACCCAAGCAGUAUAAAUCAAAAAAAAAUUCAGAAAGAGAAGUCAAAUAUAUAGGCAAAAUCUUGGAUGGUUUUUCCUUGGCAUCAAAAUCAUCAACUCCAAUCAAGAUCUAUCCACCACCCGAGCUGCCACGGGGUUACAGACCCGUGCAUCACUUCAGGCCGGUGGCAGGGGCCGGGCAGGGGAGCUGCCACCUGCGGAAGGCGCUGGAGGAGUCGGCUGGGAAGCUGGAGAGCAGCAGGGCACAGCAGAGCAGGCAUGCUCUGAGUGCCUCCCAGAGGAGGGAGCAGCUGGGAGAGGCUGCUCUGAAAGGUCCAGCUCCAUCUGUUUUGGAAUAUCUAUCUGAGAAGGAUAGAGAAAGACUCAAAGAAGUGAAACAAGCAUCUGAACAACAAAUGAAAGUAAAGAUGUUGCCUCAGCAGUCACGGAACAGCAGAUUCCAGCCAGCCUCUGCAGAUGAUGCUUCUCACCAAUGGCAAAUGUUGUUGGGGAGGCAGCUAGCAAAUGCUGGUUCUAGUGACUUCAAACCAUUUGCAAGUAACCCAGAAAAACAAAAAAGAUAUGAAAAUUUUGUGAAAAGUCUUAAACAAGGACAAAAAG